UGCUCUUUGUUGAUAUCCGAAUCAUAUGAUCGAGGAGAAAUGGCUGCUGAAAUCAAGCCAAUUCGCAGUUCCCACCCCACUAAGCCCGUCAGCACUGACAGGCCGGUGCUGCUGUUCAAGAUAGAGGGCAGCGGGGAUGAUGUAAACGCUGCAGUGCUGUUAAAUGGCGGGUCUGCUGUCAUCUCUGUCAGUGAUGACAAAUCUGUUCGUAUUUGGCAACGUCGAGACUCUGGACAGUACUGGCCAAGUGUCUGUCAUUUCCUUCCGUCUAUACCCAGCUGUCUUCACUACAUACCUGAUACGAAGCAUCUGUUCCUGGGUCUUGAUAAUGGUACAGUUGUAGAAUUUGCAGUUGCCGAAGACUACAACAGCAUCAGCCAGGUUCGAGAGUACUUAAGUCAUCAGAGUAGAGUUACAGAUGUUAUCUUCUGUCCAGCAUCUGAAUGGAUCUUGUCUGUAGCUCGAGACAAGUUCUUUGUGUAUCACUGCACAGAGAGUGGCCGCAGACUAGGAGGCCACCAGUGCUCCGGCUGGUGCACAGCCUUGCAGUAUGAUGCUAAGAGUAAACACAUAUUUGUGGGAGACUACAGUGGGCAAAUCACAAUGCUUAAGCUCGAGGAAACGGGACCUCAAGUGAUAACAGUACUUAAGGGCCAUAAUGGAUCCAUAAGGUCUCUUGCCUGGGACAUAGACCGUCAGCUUUUAUUCUCUGGUUCUUUUGAUCAGUCCGUUAUUGUGUGGGACAUUGGUGGUGGAAAAGGAACAGCUUUUGAACUUCAAGGUCACACAAGCAAGGUUUCUGCACUUGUGUAUGGUUCAAGAAGUCAUCAACUGAUCUCGGGUGGGGAGGAUGCCACCAUCGUCUUCUGGGACAUGAAGGCCAGCAGACAGGAGACACCAGAAUGGUUACAAGCAGAUUCUUGCCAAUACUGUGAGCGGCCGUUCUUCUGGAACAUUCGUGCCAUGAUGGACCAGAAGCAGAUAGGUCUACGUCAACAUCACUGCAGGAAAUGUGGUAAGGCCGUGUGUGAUAGUUGCAGCAGCAAGAGGUCCUGCAUCCCAAUUAUGGGCUUUGAAUUUGAUGUUCGAGUUUGUGAUGAUUGUCAUUCAACCAUAUCCGAUCAAGACAUAAAUGGAGAGAAUCGGUGUUCCCUUGCCAAGUUUCACGAGGUGAAGCACAACAUCGUCAGCAUGGACCUUGACGAGGAAGCUGGCUUGCUCCUUACUGUCGGCCAAGACCGCGUAAUGAAAAUCUGGGAAGUGUCAAGCUUGCUGAACUGAUCCCACGAGGACUCUGCAACACUGUGGCACACACAGAUCUUGCUUGCAGCUGAUACCUGAAGGUAAUCCUAUUAUAGCUAACAACUUAAUGUUGGCAAGAGAGCAUCAAGCCUGCUCAAUUGAUCACUCCAGGAAAUUGCAAUACUGUGGUGUCCACAAUAUGUGCAGUCAAUCCUGCUGUAGCUAACAGUGGCAUUGCAUUUUCCGAGUUUAACUUUGACAAUGAAGGGUUGAGCUCGCUGAAUUGGUCACAAAAGGGAAUCCCAAACUCGACACUGACAUCUCCAAGGUCUGAUGGUGACCAAUCUAUGAAGGUAACUUUGUGUGUUGCACUGCAUUCCAUAACAUUACUUUGGUGAUAAUAGCAUUGAAGAGGUAUCAGUAGGCGGCCAUAUUUUAAUAAGAGUGUAAUGGUAAGCUUAGCUAAUUUCCAUGUUAUUGAGAUUGAGUGGCACUUGUACUAUUCUUGUUUAUUAAAUUUCAUUUUAUUACUUAAAUAUAUUUCCCAACCAAUUAAUUGGUCAUUAUCUUGAUUAAAAUUUGAUUUUAUAUUUAGUUUAAUAGUUAGUGCUGCAUAUAGUCUUAUAAUUCGGGGAGAAUCUGCAAAAUCUCCUCUGAAUACCUUUUAUUCUCUUCUCCGAGACUGGGUUCCACAAUUUCACCAGAUCUGAAGUAUAUAAUUUGGUAUAUAUUUUUAAUCAAAUUUGUUGGGAUUAAGAGAUAAGACUGAGAUUGUUAAUUUGACAUGCUGUGUAUAUAUAGAUAUAUUGAUUGCUCUUCAGCUGGUGUGUCUUCAGAAUUUGACAGUUACUCUGAAAUAUUAAUUUUGUAACUUUACUGAUAAUUUGGUGGCUAUGCAGAGGUGUGCUGAAAAUUGGCGAGUGUAAUUUCAGCAGUAAUGCCGUGAUGGAAGGAGUAUUGUAGUGUGUACUGACCAAAAUGGUUCACAGUAGAAUGUGUACAAACCAUGCUGCUGCUUUAUGCUGAUGUUUGUUUACAUGGAUGGCAGUAGAGCUUGAGAGCUCUUGAAUGACGGCUCGAGAACAGUUGACAAGUUGUCAGUGAAUUGCUCUUAAAGACGUGGGUAAGAGAGAAAGUGGGGAGGGGGGGAGUGAGAAAUGUUGGGGGGUCUUUAAUCUCUUUCUUAGCCACGACACUUUUCCAAACUAGUCAUAUUUGUUUAAUGAAUACACAAUCUUCCACAACCACCAGUACAAUAUCUACCACCAACAACCUGAACACAUUCUGCCAGCCUGUACUGGUUAUGCCAGCCUGCACUGUAUCUGGAGAAUGUACUAACCUGUGGCUAUUUUUCAUCAUAAUUCAUUUUGUUGGGGAUAGGAAGCCUGUGUAUGUAUGUGCUUUAGGCUUAUAUCAAGGUCUCUCCAAUUGUCUCCCUCAUGUCUAAACCACAUCUAAGUAUUGGUUAUUGUUUAUACUACUCCUGUACUGUGUAAAAAUAUUAUAAUGCUUGAAAAUAUAAAUAUGCAUAUGGUAAUAUUCUAAAAUUGUUUGGACUUGUUUAUUAUUAUUGUUUAAAUAUAAUAUUGCUAUGUACA